AUGCGGCUCCAGCUUCCUUGGAAGAGGAAAAAGGUUGCCGAGAUCAUCGACGCUAGCCCAGGCGUUGAUGAGGCUGGAAGCGAAGGCAAGGCACCGCGUGGCACGACUUUCGACACUCUUGUGGCACCGAGCGAGGUCGAUACUCUUCGUUCCGAUACGCAACUCUCCACGCGAAGAACUACCACUAGUCCAAAAGAACGCUGGGGUCUAUUCGUCCUGGAGCCUCAAGACGACAAUGAUCCUGACGCCAUCGACAUAGUCGCCCUCCAUGGCCUGAAUGGUCACUGGGAGAAGACAUGGCAGUCAGAUAAGUCAACCUCAAAGGGUGGAGGGGCGAUGUGGCUUCGGGACUUCUUGCCACAGCAGAUCCCACAUGCCCGCAUCAUGUCAUUUGGCUACGACUCUGUAUUGCUCUUGAGCAAGUCAACCUCGGACGUCGGAACAUUCGCUGAGCAGCUUCUGGAGUCACUGUUGUCAAGGCGCGUGAAUGUUCCCGAGACGCGUCCCAUCAUCUUCAUCUGUCACAGCCUUGGCGGGAUCGUGGUAAAGAAGGCCAUAAUCAGGGCCCAUGAGAGAGAUCGGUAUCACGAUCUGCUCCAGUCUGUUCACGGCAUCAUGUUCUUUGGGACCCCACACCGAGGCUCUUCACUGGCAAACUGGAGCACUGUCCUCGGCAAUGUCGCCAGUUAUGCCAGCCUCGGCAGCAAGACAAACUGGAAGCUCUCUCAACACCUUCAAACCGAGUCUGGGCAGUUGCAAGAGAUCUCCAAGUCUUUUGUCGACAGGGCGAAGACUCUUCAGAUCAUCAGCUUCUACGAAACAGACAAGAUGGAUUUUCUCAACCAACGCGUGGUUGAUGAAGACUCGGCUGUGCUCGGCUUUCCGGACGAAGUCACCAUUGGAAUCACAGGAAACCAUCGCACCAUGUGCAGGUUCGACAGUAUUGACGAGCAGAGGUACCGCUGCGUUUGGACCAACAUCCAGAACUUGGCAGGCUCUGCGUCCAACCCGAAGCAAGUUACUAUGGGCGUCCUAGAUCGAACCAGUUCCGGAAACGGCGGCAAGGUCCCAUUGAGGGGUCUAUCUCAACGGUCCUCCAGCCGGAAGCUGAACGAACCCUGGCCAACUGACGUGGAACAACAGUGGAAGCUGGACCACCUCGGCGAAGACUUUGGCCGCGCAAAUCACGACGACGUAGCCGAGUCCAUCAACCAGACCGAAAUCAAGCGCCAGCAGAGACUUGAAGCAGCUCGACAGAAGGAAGAACGGAAAGCCCAAAUGAACUUUCUGAGACUGUUGCAUAACUCCAAUUAUGAGGCACACAAGGAUCGAUACCCACCCGCCGUACCCGGAACUUGCCAGUGGCUGAUUCGCCAUGAGAAGUACCGGAAUUGGAGGCAAAAACAGGGUUCCGACCUCCUCUGGCUCUCAGCAGACGCUGGAUGCGGAAAGUCUGUCCUCACAUCAUAUCUGAUCGACCACUUGAAGAGCUCGGAGAACAAGAUUCAAGUUCCAGAAAUCGUUUGUUACUUUUUCUUCAAGGAAGAUAAUAGCGAACAAAACGAUGCCACACACGCAAUUUCAGCCAUUCUUCACCAACUAUACACUGCUCAGCCAUGGCUACUAAGACAUGUGACCAACCAGUUCCUGGACCAAGGCAAGGAUAUUCUGCGCUCGUUCAACUCGUUGUGGAAGCUUCUGGACAUCUCCACCACGGAACCAUCCUCAAGAGACGUGAUUCUCGUCUUCGACGGCCUUGACGAGUGCGAGCCGUCCACAAGACAUCAGCUCUUGCAGUCACUCACCCGGUUCUACAGCGCCAGGGAGGGAAGCAGUCUCACAGACCCUCCGUUUGUAAAGACAAUCAUCGCAAGCCGCCCCGGAAACGAUAUCAAACAUGCAUUUGACGUCCUCCCAACUAUUCGACUCAGAGGAGAGGAUGAGCCAGAAGCAAUCAGCCAAGACGUCGAGCUUGUCAUUGAGCAUCAUAUUGAAAACGCCACCCGCCGAGGCAUACCAAGAGAAGUCUUAGCAGAUGUCCGAGCAGGCUUGAUCAAGGGAGCAGAUAGGACUUUCCUCUGGACCACCCUAGUCAUCGGCCUCCUGGAGACCAAGAAAGGGGCAUCCAUGCGAGAACUAAUCAGCAUUCUCGAUGCUCGGGGCGAUAUAUUCCAAAUAUAUGAGAGAAUGCUCGACCACAGCUCUGAUGCGUCCCAGGCAUGGAAGUUGCUCCAGAUUGUCGUUGGCGCUAUCAGGCCUAUGACGCUGUCGGAACUGAGUGUCGCGAUGGCUGUAAGUACGAACCAGACGACUUUUGAGGAUCUCAAACUCGACGUCGUGCACAACUUCGAGGAGCGUGCGAAGGAGCUCUGUGGCCACUUCGUAAGAAUUUGGCACAAGUCAAUCGUCCUCAAGCACGCACACCACGAGGUGCUGGACAUCUGCCUGCACUAUCUGUCCCUGCUCAACGUCAAGUCCUCCCGCCGCCUUUCCAUAGCGGAGAACCUCUUCAGUGACCAGUUUGCAGGCCGGUUUCUCGAGUACGCCGGCCGCUACUGGACGGUUCAUUACCACUGUGUCGCCCCGGACCUCACCCCCAGCCAGCUCGACAUGUGCGCCCGGCUGUGCAACUCAAACACCCAGGGCUUCGGCGAGUGGUUCCACAGGGCGUCCGAGCUCGCCCAGAACCCAGGGCACAAUCUGAGGGAGGGCGUCACACAGCGCGACAUCGCGCAUCUGUUUGGCCUUGAAGAGGUGGUCCAGCUGCUGGACCGCAUGCUGAAGCCGGAGGACGUGCAGGAUCCUGCCUUGCGGCGAUACGGGGAAUCUUCUACUCAAAAAGAGGACGGGAGCAUUACUAUUCCGAACUCGCCUCGGCUCCUGGCCGUGGAGGAAGUAGUACACCCACACACCAUCUCUCCUGGGCACUUGCUGGAAUCGCCGUUGAGUGAGGCCGUGGACACGGGCUUCCAUCUGUUCCGUCAUGUCAUCACGCCAAUAGCUGACGCAGGCUACACCGUCAUCGCCCCGGACUACCGAGGAGCGGGCCACUCCUCCAAGCCCCGUGACGGGUAUGAGAAGACACUGAUGGCAGCUGACAUCCACAAGCUCCUGACGGAGCACCUUGGAAUCACUGAGCCGGUCCAUGUGGUUGGGCAUGAUAUAGGCGGGAUGGUGGCUCACGCCUACGCCUCUCGCUUUUCCAAAGACACCGCCAGUGUGGCUCAUGGGGAGUUCCCAAUGCCCGGGACCAAGGUCUACGAUAACUUCUGCCGGGACCACCCUGGAGUGUGGCACUUCCACUUCCACUGGCAGACAGACCUCCCCGAGCUGCUUACCCAGGGCAGGGAGAGACAGCAUAUAAAGCACUUCUACGACCGCCUCUGUAUCAACUCCUCCGCCAUCAGCCCAUCAGAUGUUGAUUAUUAUGCAAGUAUGUUUGAGAAGGUGGGCGCCACGAGGGCAGGCUUCGAUGUGUACAGGGCGUUCCACAAGGACGCUGAGGAGAACCAGGACUGGGUGGCCAACAACGGCAAGUGUGCGGUGCCCUGCAUGUCCUUGAACGGAGAUGGAAGCUUUAUGGCCAGUACUGCGGCAGACCAGAACCUGGAAGUAUAUGAGGCGACAGAGACUGCGACCAUCCCCGGCUCCGGACACUGGCGUGCUGAAGAGAACCCCAGUGCUUUCACCCAGACUAUACUCGCUUGGGCUGGGAAGAAGGAUAAAUCAUGA